AUGGAUGUACGACUUCUUAAAUAUGAUAUUUUUGCAUCUCCACUUAUACAUAAGCCUUCAAAGGGUUAUGUCCCAAAAUUUGGUGAUAGAAGCUUAACUUCAUUGCUGAAGUAUAAAAAUGAAACAAUAAAAUAACCAAUCCAUUCAAAGAUAUUUAAACCGUAUGGAGAGGAAUCGGAAACUAAUACCUAAUAAGCUAUGUAUACAACUGCAAAGUUGUCUUAUUCUAGUUCUGUGAAAAAUAUCAAUAAAUUUCCAGAAGUUCAAUUAGAUCCAAAGGCUGUUAAAUUGCUUGGAUAGGGAAGACAUUACUUGAGAAGUGAGUAUCAAACAAAAAGAAAAAUGCAGGAAGAGAAAUAAAAUCAGUAUCAAAAGAAUCACUCAUCUGAUUAUUUGAUGCAAAACAUACAACUGAAGUUUUGUGAGAAAUCUGUAAAAUCAUAAUUCAAAGCAAAUCUAAUUUUCUUCAAGAAAACAAAAAAUGUCACAGCGUAGAUUUAAUUGUUGAAAAAGGAGGAAGAAAAGAAAUAAACACCUGAAAUAAAGAAUGAGAAUUAUGAUUCAAGAUAAAGAAAAAUAUAAAUACCUUCUUAGAAACAAUAGCAUACAGAUCAUUCUAUGUUUUCCAGCACUUUCAGAGAUAACUUUUUGAAGAGCCAAAGAAGCAAUAUGCAUCCAAAACCGAUUAGUUAAGAGAAAUCUACAAGACAAGGACACAAGAAGACUCAGUCUGUCUAUUAAAUGGAAGAAGUAAACAAAGAAGUGCCUCUUAUUAGCAAUAAUUAUCAACCUAAUAAUUGA